AUUUUAAUUAAUUAAAUGGUGGGUAAUUAAAAGAAAGUAACAGAAACUGAGCUAAAUAUUAUACAUCAAACAUAUUUGUGAUUAUUCUUGUCGAAUUUAAACUUUCUCAUACCGUUUCACGUCCUAGAUAAAAGUGGGAUGAACCACAAAGGAUUAAUGGAUAGAUAGAUACCAACUGCCUUCUUUCUUAGAAAUUUAUAGCGGAAACGUAGGUUAUAAAAAUCACACUUAAAUGGAAACUAUAAUAAAACUUUUCUGUAAAUCGAAUUUAACAUUUAUAUAUAUAUAUAUAUAUAUUAUUGAAAGCGUAUUUUUAUUUUCCAUUUUUGGCUUAAAAUUAUAACGAAUUCCUAAACUUUGCAAUCGAUCCAUAAUUGGUUGAAAACAGAUCAAGUCCGGAAAGCGGCCAAUAGCAUCAGUUUGGCUAGUCACGUGGAAGUGAUAAAUGGCAAAGGUCAGACAUACUUUUUCGCUUCAUAUACAGAUCAAUGUAAUCUGGUUGGGCGGUUAGAAUUGCACCACUAACCAUUUGGGCGUUUAAAGGUCCGAUUGAGCGGUAACUACCAACCACCCCCGCGUCCUGUUACGUUAGGACAACUCCGGGAACGGGGAUUGGUGGACCUGUUAUCCUGGAGCAAGAGAUGCGGUGUGUAGCGGCAUGCAGUCGAUGCACAGCUGAGCUGUCGACUGUAGAAAGACGACCAAGGUUCAACUGUUAUGUUGUGCCAAGGAAGCUGGCCUUCUACAAACCAUCCCCGCCUCUCGUCGUGACUAGGGGGGCGGAUGAGGGGGAGAGGCCGACUUCAAGCGGAAUAACUGAACGCUGGAAAGGUGGAAGAUAUGAACGUGCCUCGGGUAGUAAGUGCAGCUAAUGCCACUUUACCAGUUAACCAGACAGUGAAAUCGCAAAGUUGUCAUCCCGCACAGACUACUGAAGCUAUAGUACUCUUCACUAUAGGAGCUCUAGGAAUGGGUGCUAAUCUCUUCCUCAUGCUACUUAUCAUUCUCAAGCGCCCGCUAAGAAGAUGGUCGCAAGGACUGUUAUUUCAUCAGGGUUUAGUGGAUUGUGGCAGAGCCAGCCUGUUAGUACCUCUGGGAGUAAGCAUCUUGUUAUGUCAGAAGCUUCCUAAAUGUUCUUACAUCGAGAUGGCUUUUCUCCUACUAGUCACCGUAUCAACAGUAAAUAUGCUUACUUCAGUUAUUAACGAUGCAUCAUUAUUACCAGAUCAAGAUCCAUCUGCCCUUCCCCCGGGUACUUUGAGACCCGGCUCCGUAUCUGAUGCAAAUCCACUCUUCCUGGAUAGUCCCCAGUGUAUCGGUUUUGGUCUGUUCAUCAUUUGGUUCGCGAGCCUCACCAUUAAUCUCGGACCGACUUUACUUGGAGGUGCACUCGCAAGUACCAGAGAGUUUGGGCACCUAGAUGCGUGCCCCAUGGUGUAUGCACCCGUACGGAACUACGUCCUCAGCGUUCUCUGGGUAACGGUGAACGUUCUGUGCGUAGCUCUAACUGGAAUUCAUUUAAGGAAGCUAUAUAGGGAUUUAACUCGUUCAAACUUGGAAGCAGUUAGGAUAGCUGGUCUUGUAACUACCAUGAUAUCUAUCAGAUCAGAUGUUGACAAUUGCGAAUCUCAACAUAUCCAAGGAUACAUUCAUCGUCUGGAACAGGAAGGAGUGAGAAGAGUUAAAAGUUUUGCCAUCAUCCUUGCCGCCUAUAUCAUAUUUUGGGGGCCGUUGUUUACUCUGACUCUCAUCCAUCCUAAGGUUGAUGCAUCUUCGAUUACUUACGAGGUGACUUUGCAUGUCGCUUUCGUUCAUGCCUUUGUCAAUCCUACUCUGCUCUUGGUGCUCCACAGGGACUUGCGUAAUACUUCAGGGGAAUUCCCAUGUUGCCAUACGUGGAUAUCCGAGGAUUAUGGCACUCCACCUAAUGAAACGGGUCAAGCUUGUAGGAUGAACAGAGGAUAUAUGGAGACGACAAUUUGACCAAGACUACAUUCUAAGAUUCUGCCUCUAGCUGCUCACAACUGCCACAUCAGAAGGUGAAACUACAUGAAGACAAAGUGGUUUAUAUUCGUUUGAAACAUUUAACUUUUAUCGUCAAUUCAAGCAUUUAUCAACUUUGGGUCAACGACUCCCUAAAAUUCCACGAGCGCCAAAGCGCUAUGCUCAACUUUUCAUCUGUUUACUUGAUUUAUUAAAUAAAGUUAAAAAACUUGUCUAAUUUUCUAUCUUUCAUAAAAAAAAAAUAAUUAAGAAUUAGAGAUCAUAUUGAUAAUAUGAAAUCUAAUGUUAGAUUUGUGCAGAUUUUAUUAUUUUAAUAACAAUAAUUAUUGAAAAUUUUAUACUUUUUAUAAUUACAAAAAUCAACAAGAUUGUAAAUAAAACAUCCUAACAAAUGAAUACACAUGGAAAUGAAAAAAUAUAGGAUUUGCUAAAGAAAUAUAUUUUGUGGGAAAAGUAAUAUAAUAUUACCAUUACACUGCAUCCAGUAGAUAAAUUACAUUAUUAGUAUUAUAAAUUACAUAAAUCAUCAUUAUUAGGCUAUAUAAAGUUAAUUAGAUUAAAAUUAAAAAUCUUACAAAUAAAUAUCAAAUUUUGGACAUUUGGAAAUAUUUUUGUUAAAAUAUUCCAACAUGCAAUUUAAUAUUCAAAUUUUUAAUAGGUUUACAUAUGUUUCUAUGAAUUUUGGAGCUAGAACUAUCUAAAAUGACAUUCUGCCAGACCACAGUGUACCUGAAGAAGGCCUAUUAAGGAGGCCGAAAACAUUUCUACUCGUUGUUUAAAUGGCUAGAAACAAAGUGAGAAAGGUUUUGUCUUAGUCAGUUUACAUA